GUGUGUGUGUGUGUGUGUGUGUGUGUGUGUGUGUGUGUGUGUGUGUGUGUGUGUGUGUGUGUGUGUGUGUGUGUGUGUGUGUGUGUGUGUGUGUGUGUGUGUGUGUGUGUGUGUGUGUGUGUGUGUGUGUGUGUGUGUGUGUGUGUGUGUGUGUGUGUGUGUGUGUGUGUGUGUGUGUGUGUGUGUGUGUGUGUGUGUGUGUGUGUGUGGUGUGUGUGUGUGUGUGUGUGUGUGUGUGUGGGCGGUGUUACAGGAAGCAGCAGCCAGCUCCAUAACCAGGAACUAAUGUGACACCAGGUCUCCACACAGACAGCAGCUGCAGCUCCCGUUACUGUGGUGAUCACUGUGUAAGGAAGGUCCAUCACCGCCAGCCGCUGGAACCCGCGUGGCUGCACACUAACGCUGCCAGGACCAGGAGCGUUCCCCACGGACACCGUGCUCCACCGGCCCUGGUGUAGCGGGGAGCCCAGCUAGACGGUUUUGUGCACGGUGCUGAGGAUUAAGCCAUGGGCAACGCUCAUAAACCACCAGCGACUGAGACCGAGGCCGUGGGUCCAGAAACCCAGCAGGGAGACAGCAAUGACAUCGUGGUCACCCUCUAUGACUAUCCUCUGCCAUCCAUCAGUCAACCUGUCUACAGGAUGGGCCAGAAGCUGCGGAUCGUGGCUGAGGAAGGAGAUUGGUGGCGUGUGAAGCCGCUGACUGCUGGUCCUGAGAGCAGCAUCCCGCGAGCCUGCGUUGCCCGAGUCUAUCAUGGCUGGCUCUUUGAAGGGAUCGGAAGAAGGAAGGCAGAGGAGUUAUUGCAGCUGCCUGAUAACAGAACAGGUUCCUUCUUGAUAAGGCAGAGUGAAAGCCAGAAAGGAACGUAUUGCCUCUCCGUCAAGCACUCCAGUGAUGCCCGCAACAAGUUUGUCAAGCACUAUCGGAUCUUCCGCUUGCCCAACCGCUGGUAUUACAUCCAGCAACGUCUGACCUUCCAGUGCUUGGAGGACAUGGUCAACCACUACUCAGAGGUUGCUGAUGGACUGUGCUGUCUACUGACCCACCCCUGCCUGGCUCAGCUCAGCACGGAAUGUCCCCACCAGCCCGUGGUCAUGAGGAACAGUAACUUCAACUGGAGAAAUGUCAACAGGGCGGAGCUGAUGGGUGACAUCUCAUCGCGCAGGGACGACCCCGUUCUCAGCUACGGCCUGAGGCACAGCGUCGCUUCCUACAUGAGCCUGGCGCAGAUGGAUGACCACGCGGUGAAGAGCGGCAGCAAGAAGAGGUGGCACCAAUCCCUCAGACCCAGUGGGCAGGCCCGCCACAGUUGCCUCCUCCCCUCACCCACACAUCUCCUCUACGAGGAUGACUUUGAGUGAUGGCACCCCUUAUGGCUGGACACCAUUAUAAGGAUGACCGCAUGAUGGCACCUCUAAUGGUGGGACCCACGAUGAUGACUUUGAGUAACGUGCGCCCCUCAUAAUGGCCACCAUGACCAUAACCUCUAAUGUGGAGCACCCCUUAUGGUAGAACACCCAUUGUAUGGAUGAACUUGAGUGGAGUGCCCCUUAGAAUGGACACCAUGAUGAUGACUUUGAAUAAUGUGCACCCCUUAUAAUGGACAUGGCUUCUAUUGAGGAGCACCCCUUAUGGCCAGACACCCUUAUAAGGAUGACCGCUCGGUGGCACCUCCAAGGGUGGGACACCAUGAUGAUGGCUUCUAACGAGGGGCACCCUGUAUAAUCAUGACUUGGAGCGAGCUCCCGUGUGAUGGAUCACCGACAGGAGCUUGUCGUUGAAUGAUCAGCCUCUUCUGAUGGGACAAGGAUGACUUCAAAUAAUGAGUUCCCCUUACAGUGAAAACCAUGGGGAUGACUUUGAUGGACAUCCACUAUGGGGGCGUCAUUGAAUGAUGAGCACCUUAUGAUGUACGUCGGGAUGUGAACUUCAUGACUUCAAAUGAUGUGCUGCCCUUGUGAUGGAUCGCCCAUUGGAAAGAUGACCGAGUGGAGGCUCCCUCUACAGUGGAACACCAGAUGGUGAUGUCACUGAAUGAUGAGCUCCCCUCACCUGUUGUGGACAACCUACACCUGAACGUUACCUGUCAUGUCGGGGGUGCCUUGCUGGACACCAGGUGGGAUGGCUGCUCUCCACGUCCCUUCACUGGCCUUUAGCAGAGUUUAUCUUCAGAGUUGAUCUUGGUGGACACUGUCCACUCAUCACACCAAGAAUUCAGCGUUGUACGCUGAUUAUUUACGUUACUCAACAGCACAGGUGACUCUGCGGAGCGGGAAACGCCAGAUAAUUCAGGGGAAGUUUGGACAAUCUUAUGCCUUCCCUGAUUAGAGAUGGUAAAUAUUGAGAGCUGCCCUGUGGUCACAAGGAAGAUGAUGUUCCUGCCCUGUGAUGGUGUAUUUCCCAUGGCCAGGUGUGGUCUCUGGUUGGAGAUAUCUCCACAUUCUUGCACCAAUCAACAGCUGGAGUGGGGGUUGUGGUGACAGGGGGCUACACUAGACUGAGUGUGAUUGUCAGAUCAGCCUGACUCACAACACUGCCCCGGGGGAGGAGAGACAAGGGACCUUCAGUGUCAGAAACCUGAUGCACAAACAAUGCAGAGUCUCACUUUCAUCCAUCUGAACCGGCAUCGCAAAAAUGGACAAGGGCACUGUCAGAACAAUAAAGUUUACAUUAAAAAUG